GGGGCAAUGGGGCAGGAGCAUCUGUGGAGGUGAGGAGCCGGCCCAGCUGGGAAAAGAUAAAAAGCGCAUCAGUGGCCCAGCAGCUCACCACACUCCCUCCCAGCUCUCAGCCUGUGCUCUAGCCCCUCUGACAGCCAUGAGGUCCUCAAUGGCUCGGCGGACGUACACCACCAAAGAGGGCUUCAGCUCCAACUCUGCCAGUGGAGGGGGUGGGCCCAGGGCCCACACCAGCUUCAGCUCUGUCACCAUGUCCCGGAGCAGUGGCAGUGGUGGUGGGGCCCGCUGUGGCCCGAGCACAGGCGGCUUUGGCAGCCGGAGCCUCUAUAACUUGGGGGGCAGCAAGAGCAUCUCCGUCAGUAUGGCUGGAGGGGCCUCCUCAGGGCGGGCCCUAGGCGGCUUUGGCCAUGGCGGUGGGGCCUUCAUGAGCCUGGGGGCUGGAAGGCAGACAUUCGGGCCCGUCUGUCCUCCUGGUGGCAUCCAGGAGGUCACUGUCAACCAGAGCCUGCUGACCCCACUCAACGUGGAGAUUGACCCGGAGAUCCAGCGGGUGCGCACCCAGGAGCGGGAGCAGAUCAAGACCCUCAACAACAAGUUUGCCUCCUUCAUCGACAAGGUGCGAUUCCUGGAGCAGCAGAAUAAGGUGUUGGAGACCAAGUGGGCACUGCUACAGGAGCAGGGCCAGAACAAGGGCAUCACCAGGAACAACCUGGAGCCCCUGUUUGAGACCUACCUGGGCAGCCUGCGCAGGCAACUGGACAACCUCCUGAACGAGCGGGGCAGGCUGGACUUGGAGUUCAGGAACGUGCAGGAUCUCGUCGAGGACUUCAAGAACAAGUAUGAAGAUGAAAUCAACAAGCGCACUGCUGCCGAGAACGAGUUUGUGGUGCUCAAGAAGGAUGUGGAUGCUGCAUACAUGGGCCGGAUGGAUCUACACGGCAAAGUGGGCACCUUGACCGAGGAGCUCGAUUUCCUGAAUACUCUCUAUGAAAUGGAACUGAGCCAAGUGCAGACCAAUGUUUCUGACACCAAUGUCAUCCUCUCCAUGGACAAUAACCGUAAACUUGACCUGGACAGCAUCAUUGCUGAGGUGAAGGCCCAGUAUGAGCUGAUUGCCCAGAGGAGCAGGGCUGAGGCUGAGGCCUGGUACCAGACCCAGUAUGAGGAGUUGCAGGUGACGGCUGGGAAGCAUGGGGACAAUCUGCGGGACACCAAGAAUGAAAUUGCUGAACUCACCCGCACUGUCCAGAGGCUGCAGAGUGAGGCAGAUGCAGCCAAGAAGCAGUGCCAGCAACUGCAGACUGCCAUCGCAGACGCAGAGCAGCGUGGGGGUUUGGCAUUAAAGGAUGCUCAGAAGAAGCUUGGGGACCUGGAUUCGGCUCUGCAUCAGGCCAAGGAAGACCUGGCUCGGCUGCUGCGUGACUACCAGGCCCUCAUGAACGUCAAGCUUGCCCUGGACGUGGAGAUCGCCACCUACCGCAAGCUGCUGGAGAGCGAGGAGAGCAGGAUGUCUGGAGAAUGUCCCAGUGCUGUCAGCAUUUCGAUGACUGGCAACUCUACCACUGUGUGCGGAGGUGGUGCAGCCGGCUUUGGGGGUGGCAUCUCUCUGGGCGGGAGUGGAGGUGCCAGCAAGGGUGGUUUCAGCACCAAUAUAGGCUACGGCACCGUCAAGGGAGGUCCCGUUUCUGGGGGCACCUCCAUCCUGAGGAAGACCACCACAGUCAAGACAUCCAGCCGGAGGUAUUAGCUGCUGAACCUUGCAAGCUGGGCCCUGUAGUCUUUUCCCCACACCACUUACCUACCUCUGCUCUCCCCACCUGCCUCCUUAGGAACAGCCCAAAGACCACAGAUUCAGUGUAUUUGCAUGUCACACUAUGCAUGUGAUCUGCAUUUUGGGAAGGGCUCAACUCUACCCAGGUUUCUCCUUUGUUCUGGAUGGGAUAGAAGGCGAGGUUAAGGCCACCAGCUUGAGUGAUGUUUUUGGGUGAUUUGGGGUUACCAUUUGACCACUGAGAGGAGACUGAAUUUCCCAGGCCAUCUUGAUUUUCACACCUCUGAACAUCUGGUCUGAGCUUAGGAAAGGCUAGGGGAGGAGGAAGGGAAGCCAGGAGUGGUCCCCAAAUACCCUUCAACCUCCCCAGUCUCCCACCAAACCCACUCACUCCAUGAAUCUACCCACAGCCCCCUUCACUGUCUGUGCCUGUGAUGUAUCUCAAUAAAUGGCAACUUCAGCUA